AUGAAAAAAAAAAAGGCGUCAAAGACUUCCAUUGGAACACACAAUACCCCCGAGUUCCGCAAAGAAAUAGCGCCAGAUACCAUUGUUCAUAACCUGGGUGAAGAGUCCAUAAAAGUGCAGCUUCAGGGUCCGGCUACCGCUCUAGCUCUGAGUCCAGAUGAUAGAUUAAUUGCAGUCGCUGUUGGGGGGGAGAUCCACAUUUAUUAUUGGUCAGGGGCCGCCUCCAAAGGCACCGAAAUAGUGCACAAGCAUUUAGGGACCAUGAAGGAACUUGUAUUUGCGCCGAACUUGACUGUUAGUGGAGGAUAUCUGCUCGUUUCUUCAGCGGAUUGCGUGAAAGUAUGGGAUAUUGAUAAUGAAGGGAGAGUGCUGGAUCCCGCGGGUGGUUUCAGGGUUGACCCUGCCAAGCUGUCGACUGAAGCUGCUGGAGACUUAGUCGCCAAGCUUGUUCAUGAUCAUGGAUUGGAGAAAGAUGAAGAUGCAUGCUUGUCAAUCGAUGGGGAUCUCAGAGAACUUUUGAGCAAAGCUGUUGACAAGCACACCCAUGAACAUCAGAUCGUAUUGAAAGGAAACAUGGCGAUCUUCAGUCCGGAUGGAAAAUUCAUGAUAUGCAUCACCAGGGACAAAAAGUUCGAAAAGCAGGUAGAUCUUGGGCCCUCCCCAAAUAUAAUCACUUGGGAUGACGAAAAAAGGGAGUCUCAACGCGAGCUACCUGGUCAUUCUGGCGGGGUUCGAUGGGCAGCCGUGAGCCCAGAUUCUAAAUCAAUUGCAUCUGUCGAACGCGAUGACAAAGUUCGAAUAUGGAACGCUGCCAGCGGUACAUGUGACUACAUCCUUGAUUUGUCUGGCGAAACGGUUUUGCGUGGUGCUUUAUCACCCAAUCCUAAGCACAUCGCGUUGAUCACCACAACCGGCCUUUUUGUCUAUGAGAUCACGACGGGAAACCACACUAUCCUAUGGAAAUUACCCAACCCUACUAUCACGUUUGUUACUUGGAGUCCGAACGGAAGGCUCAUAGCAACAUUGAGUGCAGACGGGUUCGGUUUGAGAAAUGCUAUCACGGGGGUGCAAAGGAUGCAGCAUCCGGGCCCUGUUUUGAGAAAUAAAGAGAAAUUUCCUAUUCCUUUACACAUGAGCUUUGUUGAUGAAGGGAAGAGGUUCAUGUUCAACUGUCCCAUUGACAUGGCUACCGUGGUUUACGAUUUCAUGUCGCUUGUCAGGCAUAAGUUUCCAAGGGAGAUUUCAGGCACCGUAGGACCAGUUUGCUCCAAAGAUGCCACCGUUUUCCUCAAUAUUGAUAAUGGUCAGACUUUGAGACUCUGGACUUUUGAUUAG